GCCAAAACUUUGGGAUCAAACUCAGCAGCUAAUUCAGUCCUUCAGGUCAUAAAAAGCACCACGGCAGGAAUCAUUCAUCAACCUCUCUCCAGCCAUCUCUUCCAAAACAGCACUGCAGUUGUCUACACGUGUAUUUUUACCAUGACUGCAAGGAGCCUUGCUGAAGUGAAGCAUGGAGUAGAGAGUUGGACAGCGAAAAAGAACCAGCGACUUUGUGUUGCGGCCCCUGCUGAAGGAGUCAACUUUCAGGCUGUGAAAAGACCUCAAGGCACUGGCAUCAGCUGCUGCACUGAAGGGGCGAGCCAGCGCCUCUAAGUGGCUUAGCGCGCAAACGAGGCUCCCGAGACGGCCUCGGCAACUCCAUCACUGCUCCACCACCGGCUGGCCGUGAAAAGCUCCCCGGAGCCCAUCUCGGCAGAGCCUACAAACAGCAACACCAACACCUCUUGACAUGGAAAUACACUGCCACUGAUACAAUAGGCAAAAAGAAAUACUCAAUUGCAUCUUCCCGGUUGCAGGUGGCCUUAUUUGGGAGACUCAAUCGUGACCUUAUUCUUGUGAUGGAAGAUUCGGGCAUCCAGCGAGGCAUCUGGGAUGGAGAUGCCAAGGCUGUCCAACAAUGUCUGACAGAUAUUUUUACCAGUGUUUACACCACCUGCGACAUCCCUGAGAAUGCUAUAUUUGGUCCCUGUGUCCUGAGCCAUACUUCCCUGUAUGACAGCAUAGCUUUCAUAGCUCUCAAGUCUACUGACAAGAGAACAGUACCUUACAUCUUCCGGGUAGACACCUCAGCGGCAAAUGGCUCCUCAGAAGGUCUCAUGUGGCUUCGGUUGGUCCAAUCAGCCAGAGAUAAAGAAGAGCAGAACCUCGAAGCCUAUAUCAAAAACGGACAGCUCUUUUACCGCUCUCUCCGCAGGAUUGCCAAAGACGAGGAGUUACUAGUUUGGUACGGGAAAGAACUGACUGAGUUACUCUUGCUCUGCCCCUCUAGAUCCCACAACAAAAUGAAUGGGUCGUCCCCUUACACAUGCCUGGAAUGCAGCCAACGUUUCCAGUUUGAGUUCCCCUAUGUGGCGCAUCUGCGUUUCCGCUGCCCCAAGAGACUUCACAGCGCUGAUCUCAGUCCCCAAGACGAGCAAGGCGGCGGCGUGGGCACCAAAGACCACGGGGGCGGCGGCGGCAAAGACCAGCAGCCGCAGCAGCAGCAUCAGGAGGUGCCCUUGGGUCUGGGCCCCAAGUUCGGCAAAGCCGGCCCCAUCCACCACUACCCGGCCGCCUCCCCCGAGAGCAACAACCCACCCGUCACCGCCGGCGGCAGCAGCGCGAAGCCAUCCACGGACUUUCACAACCUGGCCCGCGAGCUGGAAAACUCCCGGGGAGGCAGCAGCUGUUCCCCAGCCCAGAGCCUCAGCAGCGGCGGCGGCCACCAGGAGGCGGAGCUGAGUCCCGACGGCAUCGCCACCGGCGGCGGCAGAGGGAAGAGGAAAUUCCCGGAGGAAGCGGCGGAGGGCGGCGGCGGCCCAGGGCUGCUGGGCGGCCGAGGCCGCUUCGCUGAGCGGCCCCUGCCGGCCUCCAAGGAGGACCUGGUGUGCACGCCGCAGCAGUACCGCGCCUCGGGCAGCUACUACAGCCUGGAAGAGAACGGCCGCCUCUUCGCGCCGCCCAGCCCCGAGACGGGAGAGGCGAAGCGCAGCGCCUUCGUGGAGGUGAAGAAGGCGGCCCGCGCGGCCGGCCUGCAGGAGGAAGCGACUGCCGACGGCCGGGAUACCCUCUGGGCGGCGGCGCCCGCGGGGCCCCUGCAGCUGCAGCUGCCGUCGGCGCUCACGCUGUUGCCGCCCUCCUUCACCUCGCUGUGUCUGCCGGCGCAGAACUGGUGCGCCAAGUGCAACGCCUCCUUCCGCAUGACCUCUGACCUCGUGUACCACAUGAGGUCGCAUCACAAAAAGGAGUAUGCAAUGGAGCCCUUGGUGAAGCGGCGGCGGGAGGAGAAACUCAAGUGCCCCAUUUGCAACGAGUCUUUCAGGGAGCGCCACCACCUCUCCAGGCACAUGACCUCGCAUAAUUGACGCUGAAAGGACCCCGGCUUUCCACGCUCGCGCACGCACAGUCAAGCCACCUGCAGGAACAAACACGCGAGGACAUCCCCCACCACUUUGCGCCCCGAAAUACUGCACCCAGAAAUACAUACGUACGCAACCACAAAAUUACACACACACACACACAUACACACGCACGCACGAGACAGGAUGGUGGAUUUUUGAGUGGGCGGGUUGUUUGAGGGGGUUUUCUUUUGAAUGCACGCAUUUUCACUUUCCCAAAAACAAAGGUACAUUUUUAAAAAUGUCAUAUAUUGCAACAUAUUGAUGCAUUUGUCAUACGUUUCUACUUAAAUUAUUAAGCACUUAAGGUUUAGACAUAAUAAUUAAAUGUAAGGGCAAAAUUUAUUUUAGAUAUAAAGUAAAUGAGGAGGGUGAGAUGCUUUCUGCAUUUCUUGAGGACAGUUUGUGUUCUUACAAAAAUAAACAAAACGAAUAAAAAGGGGAGUCUUCAUUCAAUUUAAGUUUUCAGGGGGAAGUGCAUGUAUCAUGAAAUGAUUAUGGACUUCAAUGAAGAAUGUCAUCAAUUAUGUAAAUAUGUAUUUCCUUUUAAUACAAAGUGUAAUUUUGUGCCAGUGAAAUGGAGUCUGAAUAGUUAUGUGUUUCUUUUAUCCCUGGAAAGAUUUAUUAAACUUUAUAGUUUAUCUGGGUAUGUUGGAUGCUUUGACAAUAAAUGAUUAUUUUCUUCAAAGCAA